AUGGGUGAACACGAACUGGCCCUGAGAAUUUCGAACGUAGUCGCUUACCUGGCCGUACUUGGCGUAAACUCGCUACUCAUCAAGGAUUGUUUGAGUGGCGGCGGAAAUAAUGAUGGCGAUGGCGAUGGUCCCUCACUGAACCUAUUGACAAAUGAUACCGACUCGCAUCAAAAGCCCGAUACAUACCUGUCUCCUCCAGAAUAUGCCGAAUCUAUUUGGGGACUCAUUUACUUGUUGUUGGGAGGAUUCGUCAUUUAUCAAUGGUUUAAUCCAGCCAAGGACGCUGUCAUCGAAGGCAUCGGAUGGGAUCAUGUUAUCGCUAGUGUAUUGAAUAUCAGUUUCGUGUUGGUGUGGAAUAUUUUCGACCGUCUCUUCAUUCAUUGGUCGUUCACCAUCUACCUGAGUUGGAUAACCAUCGAAACCGUCAACAAUAUAUGGAUCGCCGUACCACUUUUGGACACUGUCCUCUUUUCCACCAUCAUGGUUGUAAUCUACGGUGUCAUCGGACUGCACUUUGUUGACUAUUACCAUAGACAGGAUGUCGUGUACUCUGGCACUCUUGUUUGGGGACUGGUCUCCAUCGCAAAGAAAAAUCAGGACGUGAAGGCCCUCUUGAUUUCGGCUUCAAUCGCCUCUGGUUUGAUAAUCAGUGGCAUCAUUAGAGUUUGGGUGCAUAAAAUUGCGGCUUGGUACAGGUUGCGGGAUCAGAGAUUGGGAGAGAGAGAUCCUUUGUUGAGAAGCCCUUAA